AUGAAGGUGUCUGGCCCUGCCUCCUGCCUCCUAUUGCUCACCUUCGGCGCCUGCUUUCCUCUGGACGAGGGGCAGGAAUUGAGAUACCCCGGAGAAGAAUGGGAAGUGAUGGGAGAGCUGCCUGGCCUUUGGGUCCCCGAAGGCUCGAAGCGGAAGCAUUCGCCCGAAGACCUCGAGUCCCUCCUCAGCAUGGCCAGGGAACUGCAGGGCUCUGAGAAGGAGAGAGCUGGCAUCCGGUUCCGCUUCGGGAGGGAGGAAGGAGGCCCAGAAGAGGAAAGCGAAGCUGUCAACUACCUGCCGGAAGAAGCCGGGGAAAAGCGGGGCGGCACUUUGGGAAGCCUCGCGGAGGAGCUGAAUGGCUAUAGCCGGAAGAAGGGAGGCUUCAGCUUCCGUUUUGGGAGGAGGAGGGCCACUUUGUUCUGA